AUGGAUCCUAUCACGAAUAGCAGUUCAUUCUCAACUCUGGGGGUUCACCUUGAUGGUGUCGACAGUCCUGGCUCUUCUGUAUUUGACCUCCCAAUCCAAAAUACAAUCUCAGCCCGCUCUAAUCCCCGCUUGGAAAUACGUCCACCAGCAAUAGACACGUUGACCGAACUGCGCGAUAUUACUGCUCAUGAACCAAAAUUCCUGGGCUCUAAUUCCUUUGUUCUCGUUUCUGGAGGGACGGGUGGAAACGCAAUAUGCACAGCAUUCCCCAAUGCAUGUUAUGUGCUGCCAGUUUCGGACGACGGCGGUUCCUCGAGCGAGAUAAUUCGUGUUCUUGGUGGUCCAUCUGUUGGCGAUAUUCGGAGUAGGCUCGUGCGUCUCAUACCCCCAGCUCCACCAUCUUCGCCGUUGAAUGCUAUCAGGACCCUCCUUGCUUAUCGUCUACCUCACCAUUACUCGGAGCGGCAGGCUCGAGAGGAGUGGAGAGACAUUGUUGAGGGAAGGAGCGCUCUUUGGAAUGGCAUUCCAACUGACCGAAAGGAAACCAUCCGUGGUUUCUUGGUGUAUUUCGAGAGUGAAUUAUUGAAACGUGCGCACAAGAAUUUCACCUUCGUCAACGGAAGUAUCGGUAACUACUUCAUAGCUGCCGCUCAAGGAUUUUUCCGCUCUUUGCCUUCCGCAAUUUUUCUAUUCUCUUCUAUCACCAACAGUCAGGCAAACAUACUUCCUGUGAUCGUCACAAAUCAUACUGUUACCAUUGCUGCCGAGCUGGAAGACGGGCAAAGAAUUGUCGGGCAGUGCGACAUUUCUCACCCAGUCGCAAUCACACAGGCCCCCAUUAUCAACGUCGUUGAUUCCGAUGAGUGGUCUCCUCUUGAUGGCCUGGAAAGCCAAACACGAAACGUCCUCUUCCAAGCAGAGGGCAAGGACGAUUAUGAGCCUUUAAGCUCACCGAUAUCCAGGCUCCUUUACAUUAACGCAUACGGGAUUGAGAUUCAUCCUUCCCCAAAUCCAGAUUAUCUGUCGAGUCUCAGGACUAACAAUGCACUGGUGUAUUCUUGUGGUUCGCUCUGGACGAGUAUCAUGCCAUGCUUAGCAUUGCAGGGAGUAGCCCGCGCUAUCGCAGGUUCUGAUACACUUCGCGCCAAGAUUCUGCUCUUAAACAGUGAAAAUGAUAGAGAAACCGCUGGAUACUCUGCCGUCGAUUACAUACAAUCCAUAGCUCGCACUCUCAAUACCCAAUACCAGCAUCAACCGUACGGCUUGGGAAACGCACAAACAAUGUAUCCAAUUUCCGCAUUCGUAACGGAUUUAGUCUACCUCAAAGGUGGUGCGGUGAAUGUAAAUGUGGACCAGAUCACAGCCCUCGGUGUUAGAUGCACCGAAGUGGUUCCUGAGGAGGAUGGCGAAAGCAACCAGCUACCUAGAUUCUCUGCUAGCACAGUGAGGCGCGCAAUCAAUACAAUUUUGACUCGCGACCUGUGA